ACAUUUUAAACAAUCAAAGAACGUCGCUCGUUCCGAUCGUGUGUGCUUAUAGUAAAUAUAGAAAAAAACGCCCGCCGGUGGAACUUUGUACGAACUUAAAAAAUACUCGAUAAAAGGAUUACAAUUAUUACGAGUUUUUCUAAAAAAAAGGAUAUCAAAUCGAAAAAAUACACAUUAUAGUGAAUUUAUAGAAAAAAUAAAGAAAAAUGGCACGGUGUAAACUUUUACCACUAGCAAUGCUGCUAGUGUUGCAUGCAGCAUUUGCAGAUGUGGGCUCAAAUAUAUUCCUCACUGGUGUUUAUAAAAAUUCAAUUGAUUCACAUCCCGUAUCAUCAUCGGAAUAUGAUAAUUCGAUAAGUAAAAAUAUUUUCCUGGAACAUGCAAUCUUCAGUAGGCAAGCUCAGCCAUUCAGUGCACCAAAAUAUUUACCCCCUAAGGAGUACAUUAAGUGCGGUGGUGGACAACAAUGUGUGAAGAAAAAUAUUUGCCAAGGAGGUUAUUUCACAAAUAAUCCAAAUGGUUAUAUUCAGAACUGUGAACCAGAGACUGAUGUUUGUUGUACAUAUCGUGCACCACCAACAACAACGACAACAACCCAGCGUCCAUCGGUACCAUGCUCAGGUGAUUCAGAUUGUGUUGCACCAAGUCAAUGUACUCGUGGAACAAUAAAUGAUUCAAAUUAUGCCAAGACAUCAUCGGCUACCCGUUGUUAUGCACCUGAAGUGUGCUGUCGCUUACCGGCUACUGCAUUAACUCCAGAUGGUUAUGUUUUGACUGUACCAGAGGUGCCAUUCCCACAACCACAACCACCAGCACCAAGACCGCCAACAUAUCAACCACCAGUCUCAAGACCACCAACCUAUCAACCACCAGCACCAAAACCACCAACUUAUCAACCACCAACUUAUCAGCCACCAGCACCAAAACCACCAACUUAUCAACCACCAGCACCAAAACCACCAACUUACCAACCACCAGCAUCAAAACCACCAACUUAUAUUCCACCUGCACCACCAGCAACGCCAUCAUACCAGCCACCAGCACGACCAACUUAUCAACCACCACAACCACCAAAGCAACCAAGCUACAUUCCACCUGCACCACCAGCAACUCCAUCUUACCAACCACCAGCUAGGCCAUCUUACCAGCCACCAUCAGCUCAACCACCAACUUAUGGCCCACCACCAGCUACACCAGCAAGGCCAACUUAUCAACCACCAGCACCACAAGGGCCAUCAUACAUUCCACCUGCACCACCAGCACCAACACCAGCUAGACCAUCUUAUCAACCUCCAACUCCACAACGUCCACAAUACAUUCCACCUUCCCCACCUGCGCCACCAGCUUACAAACCACCAACUUAUAUUCCCCCUGCAUCUCCAUCAUCUCCACCAUACCAGCCACCUACUCCACAAGCUCCACAAACACCCCGUCCACAACAGCCCCGUCCUCAACCACCAAGUGUUCAACCUCUGCGUCCACAACCUCAACCUCAGCGUCCACAACCUCCCCAACCUCAGCGUCCACAACCUCAACCCCAGCGUCCACAACCACCUCAACCUCAGCGCCCACAACCCCAACCUCAACGCCCACAACCCCAACGUCCUCAAUCAAAUCCUACCCCUGGAUACCUUCCACCAAGACAACCCCAAGAACCACAACAACCUAACUAUGAAGGUAGCCCAUCGAACGAAGUGCCACAACGCGGUGAAGACAUUCUGUCAGAACCAAUUUACCCAUCAAGGAAGCCUCCAGUAUUCGACAACAAUCUAUCGCCAUUCGCCCCACAAAAGUGUGCUGCCGCUCUAAUUUGUACCGAUAUCAACUACUGCGAUAGCCAAGGAACCAUUACAAGCUCUCCAUCAAAUUUGUCGCCACAACAAAGUGCAUUCCGUGCACCAUUGUCUGAUUGUACGAUUGAAGGAUCAGGAGCUCCAGGCAAGUGUUGCCGUGACUCGAACUACGUUGAUCCAUGGCCAGUUAACCCAACUGGACAGUGUGCAACAAGAAAUAAGAACACAAAACCACGUGGAGUUACAGAAGAAGAUACUUCAUUCGCUGAAAUCCCAUGGCAGGCAAUGGUCUUGAAGGAAUCAACUAAGUCACUUCUUUGCGGUGGUGCUAUUAUCGGUUACGGAAUGGUUUUGACCACUGCCUCAUGUCUUGCUGGUGAACCAACAAAGGAUGUUCUUGUGAAAGCUGGUGAAUGGCAAUUGGGUAUCGAUGACGAACCCCUUCCCUUCCAAUUGGUCCGUGCUUCGGAAAUCGAAGUUCAUCCUGGAUACGAUGCAGCUACUGGACAAAAUAACUUGGCCAUUAUCCUCUUGGAGAAGAACCUUCAAACUGCCAUUCAUAUCAAUCCUAUUUGCAUUAGCGACAAGGAUCCUAGCCCAUCAGAAAGAUGUAUUGUCACUGGAUGGGGAAAGGAUGCUUUGAGAAUUCAUCAACAAGGAGCUCUUAUGCAUCAAACACCAGCUGAUGCUGUUGGCCGUAAUGAAUGCGGAGCCAGCUCAUCUCAGGUGUGUGCAAGGACAAAGUACGACGCGUGCAACGUUGACUACGGUAGUGCCUUGGCCUGUGGAACAGGUGAUAGCUACACCCUUAAGGGUACAUUCACAUCAGAAGACCAGUGUGGAAGCUCUGUGGCGACCUUUGCCAAGCCAGACAUUAAAUGGAUCAAUACUGCCUUUAAUUCAAACAGCCGUGCUUUGACACUCGGUUAGGUUUUAAGCUAUCUCAACUAAAACUAAAAAAAAACUUAGAAUUUGGUACCUUGGUGCAAUUUUAGAUCCUAUUUUUGGUGUAAAAAUUGAUAAAUUUUGUGUUAAAAAUUGUUUGUGAAGUGUUUCAACGAAAAAAAAAGAACAAAAUCACUCUCAAACAACAACAAAACUUAUACAACUCAUACAAACAAACGAAUACUGUCAUUAGAUGUUAAUUUAAUUUAAUUUAAGUUAAGUUUUAUUUUUUCUUAUAAAUAAGCUAUUUCGUAUUUUUAAUUUUAUAAUUUUAACUCCUACCUACCAGCUUCUAAUACCUGUAAUUUUACUCUUACAAAAAAAAUUGUAUAGAAUCUCAUUAAUCUAUACAUACUCCUAUAAAUCUUUCGCUUAAUUUUUUUUUUGUUUUUAUAAUUUUUUGUAUAUUCCUGCUAUUUAUAAUUUUUU